UCGUUGACGUUGUCACAAUAUUUUCCUCCCAGGAAAUCAUUACGGAAGUGUAGGUUUACAAUAGUUUGCCGUACAAAACCGUACGCCCUACCGAUGCUGCUAUUAACAUGAACUACAAAUUCGAUACCAGUGAUUUGACCCGGCGACUUAAACGAACAUUUGAUGGGAAUCUUUCCUACCGUAAACUGUUCUUAUUGCUGUUCGUGGUUGCCGUUUUCCUGCUGUACAUAGGACCAUCAUUUCUGCGAUGGUUGUUCGGUCACACGGAACCAACAAGAGAUCAACCGAUGCGAUGUAUGGAUGAUCGAUUGACACCGUUUUAUCUGCAAAACCUCGAGUACAACGUUAACAUCCGCCAUCUGCCGGCUUUUCCGCACGAACAUGACGCAAUCCCGUACGUUGGCAAUGGUUGGUUUGGACUAGAAAUACACACCGACGCUCACAUGAACAUUUUUCUUGGUCGAGCUCUUUUGCAACCCAUUAACUUUCAUCCAAUCGUUAGUGUGGCCAGUUCGGGUCUGCCGGCCAGAGAGGCGACUGUCGUCGAAUAUCUUACUGGCAUUGUGCACAGGUUUCAGUGUUUUCCCGAUGGUUAUCAUGUAUCUUAUCAGUACUAUGCUCAUCGCACAAUGCCGUCCGUAUUGGUGCAAGAAAUCCAGCUAACAAACACCAAGAAUCAACUAACGGACAUCGAGCUGAUCGUACCGCGUAUAUCGGAUUGGCCAUCUGCUAUCGUAAAAAACGUGAAACUGCAGCAUGGCUCCGCCAUUUUGGAGUAUCAGGUUGUUACAGGAAUGGUAGAUGUACUGCCAAUGGCGGGAAAUACGGAGGACAGCAAGGUGCGAGUGGUAUCGAUCGUCGCUCGCAAGUUACCCCGUGUAAUUACACUCAAAAAGCGAGGUACCACGAAGCUGGAGCUGUUGCUCACCGUGGAAUACUCGGAUCCGAUACCGCGUGACAAAUACGCUGCGCAGAAAGAAACCAUCGAAAAGCAAGCAUUCGCAGCCAUGAAUAAGGCACUGCUGGCAGCGGAGCACGGUGAGCAUAACGCGUAUCACAAUUUCAAACGGGAUCAUAUUUUCGUGUGGAACAAUCUCUGGGAAACGGGAUUUCAUAUAAGUACCUCCAAGGCAGAGAAUACCCUAAACGGUAACAACAUCAAUGCGACAAUGUAUGCCGUCAUAUCGCACACCAGGGCUUACGAGUUUGAACAGUCGGUGACCACGGGCCGAAAGGAAGAAAUUGCCCGAUCCCUCACUUACGCGGAAGGAUGUUACGAUAGCUACCAUACGCUGCAGGCGGAGAAUUUAUGGCGACCCAUGACUACGUUCGAGGAACUUAAUGCUGUGGUGGGCUCUUGGAUGUUGACGUUAGAGAAGCAAGGAUGCCAUAACCUUAUAAAAGCGGGUGCAAGUGGAAUUGUGCAAGCGAUGGUACUCAGCUUUGGAGGGUUCCGGUUCAGCAAUCAGCACCUGGAGUUAAACAUCCAUCCGAAGUAUCUGCACCGUGAUUACGACUUUCGUCGCUUGAAUUACGGUAACAUGACGCAUCUAAACAUUUCGAUUACCGUUCGUGACGACAACAAAGCGGUCAUGUACGUGGCAUUGGAUCGAUCGGAUCGGAACUACUACGCCUGCGAUGCCGGCUGCUUGGAUGAUCCGGUGCAAUUACGCCAAUCGAAGGCUAUUUUCCCAGUGAAACUAACUGAGCCAGUCACGUCCAUACUGUACAUAACGUCCGACAAAAAACACAUGGAGGAUCUCCGACACGCAAUCCACGUGAAGGAGGUUGUGGAAGCACCAGCUCACGAGCAUCAUGUGAUUGCGCUGCAUCGACACGGCCACCAUCUGGGUGGAUUACCGACGCUGUUUUGGGUUUCGAUAUGCGUUAUCAUUAUCGUGUUUCACGUGUUUCUUUGCAAACUCAUAGUGAAGGAAUACUGUGAACCUCCGGACAAGAUGAGGUAUCGCUACAGCAAACCGUGAGCGGAAAAUAUUUUCUUGUAAAUAUUUAUUUUAUCGCCGAAACGAUUCCCAGUUCAAAAAAAGCAACUGUCGUCAAAAUUAAUAGUAUUUAUGUUACGUGAGUUCGCGUUGUGCGUCGAAUGAGCACACAGAUUUAGCAUAUAAUUUCUAACAAAUUCCUAAUUUGUUCUAUAUAAAACAAGUGAGAUGUUGUAAAUGCUUUGUAAUACAAGUUGAUAAAAAGCUACCAAAUAAAAAUGCGAAAUGUACCGAA